UACUUCAAGUUUGUUUGGAGCAGUUUAAUCAUCUCGCAGGAGCGGUUCUGUUACAGCAUAUUCUACCGAGGAUUGUAUUUACGACGCCGGCAAAAUGGGGAAAAGGCAGCACCAAAAAGACAAAAUGUACAUCACGUGUGCAGAGUACACCCAUUUGUACGGAGGAAAGAAAGCAGAAAUUCCCAAGUCCAGUUUCAGACGUUUGCCUUUUGAUCACUGCAGUUUGUCUCUGCAGCCGUUUGAGUACCCCAUGUGCACACCUGAAGGGCAUGUCUUCGACCUCCUGAGUAUAGUGCCGUGGGUUAAGAAGUUUGGAACCAACCCAGCCACUGGAGAGAAACUGGAAGCGAAAUCACUUGUCAAACUGAACUUCUUCAAAAACAAUGAAGGAAAAUACCACUGCCCCGUCCUCUACACAGUGUUCACAGACAACUCUCACAUCGUCGCCAACAUGAAAACUGGAAACGUGUUUUCUCACGAGGCGGUGGAACAGCUCAACAUCAAAACCAAAACUUACAGGGACCUGCUGUCGGACGAACCCUUUGCAAGGAAAGAUCUCAUUACUUUGCAGGAUCCUACAAACCUGGACAAGUUCAACGUGUCAAACUUUUUCCACGUUCAGAACAAUAUGAAAGUUACAGAUCCAGAUGAGGAGAAGGCCAAGCUGCACCCGGAGUACCACCUCAAAACCACCAAUCUGGAGACUCGGGAGACUCUGGCGGAGCUCUAUAAAGACUACAAAGGGGACGAGCUGCUGGCCUCCACCAUGAAGCCUGCCGAGAAGAAGAACACCGACAAACUGAACGCGGCUCACUACUCCACAGGAAAAGUUUCAGCUUCCUUUACCUCCACCGCAAUGACACCUGAAACAAUCCAGGAAGCAGAUGCUGUUGCGGAUGACACUGUGCGUUAUCAGUAUGUAAAGAAGAAAGGAUACGUGCGGCUACACACCAAUAAGGGGGACCUGAAUUUGGAGCUACACUGCGACAUGGUACCGAAAGCAUGUGAAAACUUCAUUAAACUGUGCAAGAAAGAAUACUACGAUGGCACCGUCUUUCACAGAUCCAUCCGGAACUUUAUGAUUCAAGGAGGGGAUCCCACGGGAACAGGGACAGGUGGGGAGUCAUUCUGGGGAAAACCUUUCAAAGAUGAAUUCAAACCCAACCUCUCGCACAAGGGCCGCGGGGUCCUCAGCAUGGCAAACUCGGGACCAAAUACCAAUAAAUCGCAAUUCUUCAUCACAUUUCGUUCCUGCACCUAUCUGGACAGGAAGCACACAGUGUUUGGGAGAGUGGUUGGGGGUUUUGAAACACUAACUGCAUUGGAAAACGUGGAGAGUGACCCCAAAACAGACCGCCCAAAGUCAGAGAUUAAACUUCUGAAUGCAACAGUCUUUGUGGAUCCCUAUGAGGAGGCAGAUGUCCAGAUUGCAGCCGAGAGGGAGAAGACUCUUCAGGAGGAGGCAGAGGAGAAAGCCAAAGCGAAUGCCGUCCUUCCAAAGAGCAAGGACAGCCAGGCCCCAAAGACCUACCGGCCCGGCGUGGGCAAAUACAUCAACACAGUUACAACUAAGAGGACGGCCAGUGCCGAGGACAGUGGCCCCUCGACCAGCGGAGCCUCUGCCUCGGCAGCUGCUUCAGCAAGCAAGAAGCUGAAGGGAAAGACGGGCUUCGGGGACUUCAGCUCCUGGUAGAGCAGGGAGAGACUGAAGCACAGUGGCACGCAUGGAGCAGACUGCAACUCUGGGAUAGAGGUGACCAGUAAGAGACCUUUUCUGUAGAAUAAGGUCUAAGAAAAUGUAUUACUAUUUUUUUUUUUUUAUUCAUUCUACGUGCAAAGAGGAUUUUUUUUUCAUUAUUAAAAUUCACUUUCUCUGCUUGCAAACUAUUUUUUUUUUUUUGAGGAAAGAUCUAAUAAAAGUGACGUUGAAAAUGACAAUUUCCAGCCACUGUGCUUGUUGAGUCGGACUGGAUUACAUACAGGCCUCCUAACCCUUUUCAAGGCUGUGGUGGUUCAAGCUGUUGCCUGGAGUCCUGGGGGGGGAGUCACGGGGCAGCCCUGUUUACAGUGAGAGCUGGUGACAGCAGCGGGGAGCACCCAGCCCUGCCAGCCCCCCAGGGGAGGGGCCUCUAACAAGGCGUGAAUACCGAGCAGCACAAUGCAAGCCUUCUUUAAUACACUUGUGUUUUUUUUUUUGUUUGUUUUUUUUAAACAUCCAAGUAUCUAAUUUUACUCCCAUGGUUUUAAAUCCUUUUUUUAUUCAAAAAAAGCCCAUUUUAAAUCUGAGUUCAGAGUAUAUCUGGGAUAUGAAUUGAAUUUGUUACUUUUACAAAACCUCAGUUUUAGAACCUGUAUAGAUGUCAACAAGAAUAGAUCUUUUAACUAUAAAUGUAAGAGGUCAUUUAUAGUAUAAUUUCUAUAAACCUGUUUUGCUGUAAACUUGAUCGUUUGUAUGGUUUUGAUAGUUGGAUUGUGUUGAUUUUUGUUGUGUACUAGCAUAAAACAUGUAACCCAUCCUGUGUUUGUUUUGUUUCAUCCUACAGACAGUACUUUAGCUCAGACUCGUUAACCAGUGAUUGCUUCCCUUCCUUCUGCAGAAUGAUUCAGCUCCUGCUUUGUUCCUCUUCAGGUUGUGUAAUCGGGAGCUCUCAUUACAAGAAGUAGCUCAACAGUCUGCUGUGCUGCUUUAUUUCCAUUUAUUUCCAGCCUUCAAACACCUGGUUUCACAAAAUCUGUUACACCUACUGCAUAGAGACGACCGUUACUUAAACAUCACUGUUUCCUAGUCUCUGCACAGUGCAAAUUUGAUUGUUGAAUGAAGAGAAUAUACCAGCAUGGCACACCUUUUUUGUUUUGUAUUUAUUUAUUUUUUCGCAUCACAGUAGUACAGUGAAAGUUCAGUAUAGGCAGUUUUUUGUCCUGCUGUUAUUCGACAGCUGUGGUAACUCGCUGAUUGCCCGCUUUACUUGUUUGUGACCCCCGUAUUAACAAUAGCCCGAUUUGUUGUUGACACAGAAGGAAGUUUCUAGUGGCGUAGGUCUGUUAGUGUCACUGGUAUGUCCUUCGUGAAUUGAUGCUGGGUGUUUGACACCAGCACAAGAGAGAGGGAUAGAGGAGGCUGCUGUCGACAUCAGCACUGCAGCUGAAGGCUUUUCUUGGCCUCCAUACAAAUGCUGUGUGUGCAGAACACUGCUCCUGGCUAAUAGUAAACCGCAAUCUUUGUUACCAGUUUAGAUGGAUGAAACCAGAGACGUGUGGAAUAUAAAGUGAUGCCCAAUUUUUUUUUUUUUAAUAUACCAUUGCUUCCUUGUGCAGUUCAUUUGACCUUUUUGAAGUUUCAUUUUAAGACGGUCUUGAACGGAAGUUUAUGUGGCGUGGUUCAGUUUGAAAAGCCUGGGGAAGAUGCGCAUUCACUUUCUAAAGACUUGUUCUCAAAGAAAGACGUUUUGCACAGUCCCAAACCCAGCAGGGUUUUACGUGAGGCAGCACAGGUUUUGUUUUUGAUUAAGACGACAAGCCUUCGGUUCCAGUUGUAUUCCUCUUAAAAGUGACAGCUUUGAGGGUUAGAGCUGAGUAAUGCAACGAUUAAACAUUCAAACACUGGCCUGCUUUGAAAGGAAAAGUACACAUCAGGACAGCGCUGCUUUGCAAAUGAAUAUGCCUGCUCCAGUGUCUGCUUUCUCAAGCCUCUUUCAGUAUAACCCGAUGCAAUGUAAGGCACCAGCCUCGUCGGAGGGGUUUGACAGUCAAACUGCAUCCCAGCAGAACUCUGUGCCAGCUAGAGAUUUCAAUCAAGAGCCCUCAACGGCAAAGGCAUCAUGCUGUUAGAUCCAUGGUUUCCAUUAUGUGCUAAAAAAUGUUUCGCAGGAGUUGUCCUCCUGACAAAGAAAUACACCCCUUGAGAGGUUUCAGAUGUGUGCUUUAUCCAGAGUGGCUGCAGUGGAUGA